AUGAUGUCGUUUGACGCAUCGAUUGACGUGGCCAUUCCGUCCGGGCGCCUUCCAACCGAACUGCUUUCAGAGAUCUUCCUCCACUGCGUUGAUGGCGUUAUAGACAUUAGUAACACAAUCACAAUCCCUCUCCUUCUCUCGAAGAUCUGCUCGAGGUGGCGAGAUGCCGCUAUAUCGACGCCUCGUCUUUGGUCACGUCUCUUCCUCCAGCUCGCCACGCCAGCGGAUUCCCAGGUCGAAUUGGUCAGAACUUGGCUCACAAGAUCGGGUGGAUGCCCUCUCACGAUUUAUGUGUUCUGGGAGGAACCGCCCUUCCUUCCGAGCCAUCCAGUUUUGAAUGCGUUGAUGGAGCAAUCAGCUCGUUGGCAGGUGGUCUUCUGCUAUCUGCCCUCUGUGGCUUUCCCAUCCUUAUCGCGCGUUCGCAAUAGGCUUCCUUUGUUGACCGAACUCAGUCUAGGGACUGAUGACGACUUGCCAUUGACAGCCAAUGGGACUUUGAAUAUGUUUGAGGUAGCGCCCAGAUUGACGCAGAUUGAGUGCGUCAACUUCGCGCCGACCAUUUUCAACUUCCCUUGGUCCCAGUUAUCCGUUAUCCCAAUAAUGGCCGUCAGCAUCGAGGAUUCCGUAGAUAUCCUCCGCCAGGCAACGAAUCUCGAACAAGGAGGAUUUAUUUUUGUGGGCGGCGGGAACCAAAGACACCCGCUCCGCAAUUGGAAAGUCCAGCAUAAUCGUUUGCGUUAUUUCACCAUUAUGACACCCCCAUGGAACGAAACUAUCGAUCUUCGCCGUCUAUUUUCCCAGCUUACCUUUCCUUUUCUCGAAAAUCUCACCAUAUGCAACUUGAAAUCUCCGUUUUCCGCCGAGUUUGUUCAAUUCCUUUCUAGACUAAAGUCGCUCCGCACUCUCCAUCUGCGGAAAACUGCGAUAGUUGACCACCAGCUAGUCCAAGGACUCAAGCACCUUCCCUCGCUGACGAGCCUGAUUGUGCACUCGUCGCCGCAGGACGCGCCGACGGUGACUGGGAUUCUUCUAGCCGCGUUAACCUGGAAGUUUUUCUCCGAUGAUUCGAAAGGGUUAAUGCUGGUGCCAAAGCUGAAAAAGCUGGAGCUCACCAUAAACCGCAACGUUGCGCAGCAGUUCAUUGACAUGGUAGAGUCGAGAGUUAUAGUGAAUGAUGAAAUCGGCGGCAAUCCGGCGCGUCUUGAAAUGAUCCGAGUCCGGCCCACUGAAGAGCUUGGAGAGGAAAUUCUUUGUCAACUUGUUUUAUUGAGGGAGUGGGGGCCGUCCAUCGCCAUAGAGGAUCUGGAGAAAGGAAUCACAACUAUUUGA